AUGCCACUUGCGCGCCUCACCAGCUCUUUACUUUCCACUCGCUUCAGUCUUUCUCCUCCUUCGUGCACUCACCGGCGAGUCGGAUCAUCAUCAUCAGAUAACGUCAGAGCUCUCAGAGUCGUGAACCAUUCAAGCGAACGUGACAGACCGUUUCGCGGCUCCGCUUUGCCAUCGUCACAAGAGCAGGCCAACCUCGGUCGACUUGGGCGCUCCGCUCCCCUCCUCCGUUGCUAA